AUGGCUACAAUUUCUUCCUCUUCUCCAUUUGGAAAAGUUCCUCAUUUAUUCGAAACAUCAGAAUUACCCAAUCAUUUUGAAUUAAACAAAACAACAAACAGAAUUUUUGAUUCUUCUGAUUGUUUAACUAAUCGACGUUUUGGAAUUUCUAACGAUUUUUAUAAAAAUUCGAGAAUUCUUCCAAAUACCGAAAAACUUCGUUAUAUCGAUGAAGAAUUUAUUGAAAGUGAACAAAUUGGUGUUAAACACGACAAUAAAGAUAUUUUUAAUGUUGCUGCUUUUAAUAAAAGUUUUGCUACAGAAAAAACAUUUGAACAAUUAAAAAGAAAUGAAGAAGAAGAAAAACAACAAAAACAUCAAACAAAGCUACAAACACAACAAUUAGAGAAACAUAAAACAUUUGAACAAAACAUUAAUGUUUAUAAAAACAUUUAUUCAUCAGAAUUAAUUAAUUCUGAAAUAUCAGAAAAUAAAGAAAAAAUUAGAGAAAGAGAAUUGUUAGAGAAAAUAACUUUUGUUAAUGAAAUUAAAGCUGAGAAUAAUAUUGAGGAUAAAAAAUCAGAAAAGAAAAAGAAGAAAAGGAGAAGCAGAAAAACUAAUUUAGGAGAUGAACUUUUUGAUUUUGAUGUUAAUAAUAAUAAUGAGUUGGGAAUCCAUACAACUUUAUUACUACGUCAACAACCAGCAUUACGAGUCAAAGCAAUAAUUGAGAAAUUACUUUACACUUCUGGACGAGAACAGAGAGGGGCUCUCUUUACUUUAAAGAGCCUUUUUCAGGAAGACAAGGACCUUGUACAUGCUUUUGUACAAAAUGGGGGCCUUGAAGCACUUGUUAAAUUGGGUCGUGGAAGUGAUCAAAACCAUCAAAAUCAUAUUUUAAGAGCUUUGGGCCAGUUAAUGCUUUAUGUUGAUGGAAUGAAUGGAGUAAUUGCUCAUAAUGAUACAAUUUGUUGGUUAUAUGAAUUGCUAGAUUCUCCUCUCUAUGACAAACAAAACUUUCGUUCACUGAGUACUCCACAUGUUUCUUGGGUGCGUGUUUUUAUGUUUUUGCUGUUAUUUUUUGUUUACCGACUUGUUGUCAAAACAGCGUUAAAAUUGCUUUUAGUUUUUGUUGAAUAUACAGAACCUAAUUCUCUUCUUUUUCUCGCGGCUAUUUCGAAAGUGGAGAGAGGAAAAAACCAGCCGGAUUGGUGUAGCCUUAUGCGAAUUUUGAAUGAUGUUCAGGCUAGCGAUCACGAAACUCUUGUUUUUGGAAUGACUGUAAUAAAUAAAACUUUACAUGGAGUUCCUGAUCAAGAUACAUAUUUUGAUGCAAUUGAAUCUCUCGAAAGCCAAGGAAUGAAUGAUUCUUUAGCUACCCUUUGCAAAUUAAACAACACUCAAUUAAGUCAACAAUGUGCUUUAUAUGAACAAGAAUUGAGAAGGGAAGAUGCCGCUAUUGAAAGCGAUACAUCUUCCUUAGGGGGAGGGGCUUCUAAUGGCGCGCAGAAUUCUGUGGCCAAAAUGAGGUGA